CAUAACUUGUGUCCUCCAGUCAUCGUGAGUCGCUACGAAAAACUGCAACAUUUGAAUUGAUGUGUUCCUACAUGUUUUCAUGGUGAAAAAUCUCAACAUCGACGUGUAAAAAUGCCGAACAUCAUCAACGAAGUGAAACUAGAUUUUAAAGAUGUGCUUUUAAGACCAAAACGAAGCACUUUAAAAAGUCGAGCUGAUGUCGAUCUUGGAAGAAAUAUCACUUUCCGAAAUUCUAAAAAAACCUACAGAGGUAUUCCAGUCAUUGCUUCCAAUAUGGAUACUGUAGGAACUUUCGAAAUGGCUCAAGUUUUAGGAAAACAUAAACUUUUCACCACUGUCCAUAAGUAUUACACUGCUGAGGAAUGGAAACAAUUUGCUGAAAAUAAUCAAGAUAUUUUGGAACAUGUUGCUGUUAGUUCAGGAUCAGGAGAUGAAGACUUUGAAAAUUUAAAAGCCAUAUUAAAAGCUGUACCUCAAGUGUCAUUCAUAUGUCUAGAUGUUGCUAACGGUUAUACACAACAUUUCGUAGAUUUUGUACGUAAAGUACGAAAUACUUUUCCCAAUCACACGAUAAUCGCAGGUAAUGUGGUUACUGGAGAAAUGGUUGAAGAACUGAUUUUAUCCGGAGCUGAUGUGGUCAAAGUUGGCAUCGGUCCCGGGUCCGUUUGUACAACGAGAAUUAAAACUGGGGUCGGAUACCCUCAAUUGAGUUGUGUUAUGGAGUGUGCGGAUGCAGCGCAUGGUUUGCAAGGUCAUAUUGUUUCUGACGGAGGGUGCACUUGUGCCGGAGAUGUCGCAAAAGCGUUUGGUGCUGGAGCUGAUUUUGUGAUGAUUGGUGGAUUAUUCGCCGGACAUGAUCAGAGUGGGGGAGAGCUAAAAGUGAAGUCUGAUGGUAGCAAAGUUAAAUUAUUCUAUGGGAUGAGCUCGGAUACUGCAAUGAUGAAGCACGUCGGCAGUGUAGCUGGAUAUCGAGCAAGUGAGGGAAAAACUGUAGAGGUUCCUUACCGGGGAGAUGUUACCGAAACUGUAUUAGAUCUCCUAGGAGGAUUACGUUCGGCAUGUACGUACACUGGAGCUGCUAAAUUGAAAGAAUUACCGAAAAGAGCUACAUUUAUUCGUGUUACCCAACAAGCGAAUCCAGUUUUCACUCCAAUCACAGUGAAAGAAUAAAUUAUGCUGUAUUUUCGUCUUGUACAAGAUCGUUUCGAGCUUUAUAAUUCUUAAUCAUUUUUCGUAAGUUUAUUUUUCUUUUGCGGGAUGUGAAAGGUAAAGGGUGAAAAAUUUGCUUUAGAUGCGAUGUUAUCAGUUUUUAGGUCAAGUAUAAUUAUACGCUUUAAUAAAAAUAAAUAAUAUGUUCUUAAUGAAAAUAAUUAUACCCAUUUUUCAAGUUAUACUUACCACUCUAAUGAUAAUUUACAUGCGUGUAAUUGUUUAUUUUCGUAUUUCAAAAAGAUGUCGACAAAGGGAUUGUAUUUAAUCGUCGUGUUUACCUGUGUAAAUUUUUUCUUUUAAAAAUCUCAUUUAUUGUAGGUACAUAUUCUUAAAAUCUAUCAUUACCGAACCAUAGGUACGUAAUUACUUACUUCAUUUGCAUAUUUACCUAAUUUUCUGUGAUUUUUAGUGUUAAUUUCCAAUUGAAGAUAUUUUGCCGAUCUUCACACAAAAUAAAGAGCCUUGAGCCUUCAUAUAAAAUGCACAAUAAACUAUAAGUAAUAAUAUUUAUCUAAACAUGCUAAGACAAAUUUUGCGUUUCAUCGAUUCACUAUCAUUGUUGAAAUGCGAUUUUUAUUUUGUUCCUUGCUCAAACUUGAAUGGUCUUCAAGAUAAUUUUAUUUUUCAAAGAAAUAAUGCCGGCCAAAUUUUGCACAAAAAUAUUUUUUACUUUCAAACUAUACCUAGGUACUUGGUUUUAUUGUUUGCCUUUUGUUCAUAUGAAAUUAAAAUUAUCUGCUGUUUUGUAUUUGUACCUAUAUUAUUCUUUCGUUAAUAAAUUAAAUUGUUGAUAACAGAA